AUGAUGGGACAAAGCCUUCACAUGCGAAUCCUCCUGUUCAGCUUAUCAAUGCCGCAUGUGGAGCAGACGUCUUCUGCAACUGUGAUGUGUUCACGGACAUGCCGAGAAUCCUCCUCUUUCUUCUGCUGCCCUUUGCCUCGCCGCCCUGGCGCAGGAUGGCAGCAGCACAACCCAGAGGACCCAGGGAAACUGCUUGCGGCGAGGCUCCAGCUCGACCGUCGGAAAGACGACAGACUGCCGCAGCACUUGCGGAGAUAUGGGAUCCACAGACGUUGGCAUCGUUCUCAAUGUCGCAGCUGGAUGGUCUUUCAGACGUCAUGUGUGGCUAUUGCCCACGGCUGUCGCGGGCGUUUAA